CCUGUCUCCAUUCUUAACUUCUGCACCAGCUGUUGGCUAAAAAUAAACACCAUUCCACAACCAUAUAUGAGCAACAGCUUUCUGGGGCUCCCAGCGCCUUCCAGCACUGCCAUCAUUCCAAAGCCAGGAGGCUGUCAGCUCCCUAGCGCCACAAGGGCUAUGCAUAUAACCCAGCUGAAUCGGGAAUGCCUCUUGCAUCUCUUUUCCUUUCUGGACAAAAACAGCAGGAAAAAUUUAGCAAAAACAUGUCACACAUUGCUAGAAGUGUUUCAGGAUCCCGUGCUUUGGUCUUUACUGAACUUUAACUCUCCAGUGGAACUGCAGAAGCAUAACUAUCUCCUGGGACCUGCUUUAAAAUACUUGUCCAUCUGCUGGUAUUCAGAGAGAGUCAAGGUGUGUAACAUUGAGGACUGGAUGAAAAACAAUCUCCAGAAAGACUUCUGUAGCAGACAUGAGAACACGGUCACUGAUUUUUUGCUAGAAGUUGCCAGCAGAUGUCCAAACCUGCUAUCUCUGACCCUCUCAGGAUGCGGCCAUGUAACAGAUGAUUGCCUCUCGCUUCUCCUCAAGAACUGCCCCAGCCUCAAGACACUCAAACUGGAAAAUUGCGCGCGGAUCACCGACCGGACGCUAGAAGCAGCGAUCCUCUAUGGGGGAUCACUGCAAACACUGCACGUGGAUUUCUGCCGGAACAUAACGCAGAGUGGUCUGGAGAGAGUUAAGGAGAAACGGCCUUCAGUAACACUGAGAGCAGAGCGAAGUGCUAACAUGAUUCCAGACAGUAAGCCACAAAAAAAGCCAGUGUUGGAAAAACCGUCCAGAAAAAUGGCUCAGCUUUAAGUUGUACGGAUGGUUGAUUUCCACUCACCCCUGCUGUAGCACUACUUCAGAUACCCAUGGGUAACGCACUCUGGUUUAAGUCCAAAUAAAUGUUUUCUCUCUAAGGGGUUCGCUGGAAAAAGGCAAGAAUUCACACACCUUAUAAAGAAAGAACACUUCAGCAUUGGAUUUUCCUUGAAAAAUCAUGUGUUUAUAUCACACAACGCAGAACUCAAUUUCUCAAGUCUAAAAAUGGGAGUUGGAGAAAAGCAACAACCAGAAGAACCUCCCGGUUUUCACUGUGAGAACACAGAUCGUGUUGGCAGUAGGGUAAAAAAAGGAACUAAUUAAGUCUGCUGCAUGACUGACACUUGUGCCUUGCAGGGCAGGGGGCUGAGCCAACACUUGCACUGUCAGGUCCAAGAGGAGUCUUGUCUCAGGGACUGGGUGCUCGUCUUGUCUCUGUUGUAGUCUGCCUGCAUGUUUAAAAGUGCUAGGCAGCUGUCUGAUAGCCCAGAAAGGCUCAACAUGUAAUUAUUAGGUAUUUGGAGGGGGAAAUAAAAGAAGAAGUGAAUGGAAAUAAGCAGGAAGGAGAGAAGAAAUCAUCCCAAGUAAAAAACAGGAUCAGGAACAAAUUAGGGCUUCAAGAAGCAACAGCCUUAGAAAAUGUGUGUGAGUGCGUGGAAAAUCCGACACUGUGUGUGAGUGUGUGAAAGUUCGACACUAUGUGUGUGAGUGCGUGAAAAUCCAACACACACACGUGAAGCAUUUGCUUCAGAGUUAAGUAUAAAGAAAGGGCAGGUGCUGCACACACACAGUGAAAAACAAUCAGCUGCAAAUAGAACUCAUGUUCUACAAGAGAAAGAGGCCUUUAGCUUUUAAGUACUUUCCUACACAUUACUUCUCCAGCACAGUAUUUGUGACAAAGAUUCUCCAAGUUGUUUUUCUCUAUUUACACGUAGCAUUUAAUGCUUUUAGCACAUCACGUUCUGUACUUCAUUAAUCUGUAAGAGGACUAAAUGAGCACAUUGUCACACACCUGCUCCUACCUCUGAUAGGCAUUUCUUACCACUGCUACAGUCAGACACGUCUCAUCCAGUGCUAAAAAGAAGAGGGGAUGUGAUGAUGCUUUGAAACAGCUCACAGCCUUCCCUGCAGCAGCCUACUGCAACAACUCUAUCAUUAGCAAGUUACAAGACUGAGCUGCCUGCGUUUUUUUAUUGCAUGUAUGUGUGUAUACCUCUAUAUAGGUAUGGAUGACUUAGGCUACAGCAUACAUGACUUAUACUACAGAACGCAGAUACGCGCUGGUAAUAUUUUCUCUCCUUUAUCUACACAGAUGUUCACGUAUGUAAAUUACUCUUAAACUGACAUAAUUUUCUCAGAUUGUCUCCAAUGGACAGAA